AUGGUGCAUGUCAGCAGUGCAUGCAUUGUUGAAGAGGAGUGGAUCUCCCUGGGUAAAUUUGAAGACUUCACAGACAUCCCUUCCAAGGUCGGGUCCCAGUGGUACAUCUCAGGGACUGCACUUGGGGAGCUGAAUCCAGGAGACCGGUCACAGCAGGACCGAGGUCCUACUUUGAGUGAAGCAGAGAGCCAAUCAGAGUGGGCCGAUGUCCAGAAAAAGAUUAUCCCAUGGGGACACAACACUCCUGAGUCUGAUCUGGAGCUUGUGUUUCAGGAUCGGGCUGCCAAACUUGGGAAGUCCAUCAGUAGACUGAUUGUCGUGGCCUCUCUCAUUGACAAACCAACGAAUUUAGGAGGGCUGUGCCGGACCUGUGAGGUGUUUGGGGCUGCAGUGCUUGUUGUUGGCAGUCUUCAGCGUGUCAGUGACAGACAGUUCCAGCACCUCAGUGUCUCUGCAGAGCAGUGGCUUCCUCUGGUGGAGGUGAGGCCAGCUCAGCUGAUGGAUUACUUGCAGCAGAAAAAAGCAGAAGGCUAUACGGUUAUCGGUGUGGAGCAGAUGGCCCGAAGCUCAGACCUGGCCCAGUACCGCUUCCCUGACAAGUCGCUGCUGCUGCUGGGAAAUGAGCGAGAAGGAAUCCCAGCCAACCUGAUCCAGCAGCUGGACAUGUGUGUGGAGAUCCCUCAGCAAGGUGUUAUUCGCUCACUGAACGUGCACGUUAGUGGGGCUCUCCUGAUCUGGGAGUAUACUAGGCAACAGCUGCUCAAGUGUGCAGAGCCUGCCUGCUGAAGCCCAGGCCUCCCUGGAGAUUUCAUGGUGCUAUGGAAGCUUUUAACUUAACUUCUGGAUUAAUUAAAUUCUGAGAUGUCCCAGGAUGAUUUGCAUUUCUCUGUUCUUGAAA